UUGACUGCGUCAAGACAGCCGCGGCGAAGGAUGGGCCCUUUUCUCCCGGCGAUUUGCGUCGUACUGCUCGCCCUGAACGCAGCUGUCUCGCCGGCCUCUGUCGGCCCUGAGGACUAUCCCGCCACGGAUGAGGCAGAGAGAACUGCCAACAAUGACAUCAUUUUCGAUGACUACAGAGGGAAAGGCUGCGUUGAUGACAGUGGCUUUGUGUACAAGCUCGGGGAACGCCUCUUCCCGGGCCACUCGAACUGCCCAUGCAUGUGCACGGAGGACGGACCUGUUUGCGACCAACCCGAGUGCCCUAAAAUACACCCCAAGUGCACUAAGGUGGAACACAACGGUUGUUGCGCCGAAUGCAAAGAGGUCAAAAACUUCUGUGAAUAUAAAGGGAAGACUUACAAAAUCCUAGAGGAAUUUAAGCCCUCACCCUGUGAAUGGUGUCGCUGCGAGCCAAAUAACGAGGUGCACUGUGUGGUCGCUGACUGUGCAGUACCAGAGUGUGUCAACCCAGUGUACGAGCCGGAGCAGUGCUGCCCCAUCUGUAAAAAUGGUCCAAAUUGUUUCGCUGGAACGACGAUCAUCCCAGCUGGCAUUGAAGUGAAGGUGGACGACUGCACCAUCUGUCGGUGCCAUAGUGGGGACUGGUGGAAGCCUGCACAGUGCUUGCGGCGGGAGUGCCUGAAUGGCCAGAUGUCAUAG